AUGUCUGACGAGUUCUUUGAUAUCGUGGAUACUACGGCCACUCGAAACUCCAAGGACGCCACCGUUGAGACCGAGACCGAGGAAGAGCGUCGGGCGCGCCUGGAGUACAGGGAGGAGGAGGGGGACCAGUUGGUGCGGACUGAGGGUGAGACUGACGAGGAGUACGACGCCCGGGUCGUCGCCCACAUGGCCCUCCAGCCGAACCAGGAGGCCACCGAUGUCGCCGCCGCCAAGGCUCGAGCCGCCGAGAAGGCUCAAGCCGCCAAGGACGCUGAGGCUGCUAAGGCCGCUAAGGAGGCCGAGCAGACGAAGGCGAAGGACAACGCCCAAGCAGGUCCCUCCGGGUCGAAGAGACCGGCGGAGGCCGACUCGCCGAACACUCCGCUCGACCUUUAUACUGAUGCUCGAGAACGUCCCCCGGCCCCCUUCCUCCCCAAGAAUCUCAUCAAGGCCGACAAUAUCAACGUCAACUUCGAGCCGACGCUGUUGUUGUGGGACUUUCGAUUUCCGACGGUGCAAAGGUGGUGGCGAGAAAUCGUCAAAGAACAAAAAGCGUGGUUAAAAAACAAAAAAAAAUCGAACAAGCCUUGGCCGACGCCAAAUCUCGACGCCCCGGGCAUGAAGGCGAUUCGUUGCGAGACGGGAUGUUUCUUUCUCGUCCCCCAGAAUACGAAGACGAAGAAAUAUGAUGUUCAUAAACUUCUUCACGCACGGGUAGUCGAGGAGCAGGAUCUCGAGGUCCUCCCCUACCCUCCCCCCCAAGCUGAAUGGCUUCGAGCGACGAAGCUGACGCCGACCGGGGAGAUGAACACGGCGAGGGUGAACGGGUUCUUUAAGAACUACCAGGGCGGCUGGCGAGUCGCUUGUCCUACUUGCCUGCUGAAAUACAGCGGCGCCAACGGCCCCCCCGAGUACCGCGUCGGCAACGACGAACGACAAAUCCCGCUCACCGACGGUCUCGACGACGAGGUGAUCGACGAACGCGAAUUGCAGAUGUGCGUUACCUACAGCGGCGUCGCAAUUUGUCGAGCGGCGAUUCCCCUCUCCACCGACUCGGCGUUCACGGCCUGCGGGAGAUGCAAGCCGCACGGUUACCCGUGCAAGGACGACGGCGGCGCCGAAUGGACGUUCUCGCCUCAAGAUCCGGAAGUCGAGCCCUCCCUCCGCCUCGCCAAAAUUCUCAUGGAAUUUGUCGGCGGAAAAGCUACGAAGAAGGCCGAACGUCAAGAGUUGUUCGCGAUGAGCAUCAAGAUCUUGCGAGACGAGAUCUGCCACAGGCGCCAGUCAGUCGCCAUCGACGACGCCGACAACUCCCACGACGCCGGUCCCUCGGAGUCUUUCCGUAAACUUUUUACGUCGCUAUUGGAGGACAAGAAACUCUGCGGCGGUAAUCAGGACGAGGACGAAGACGAGAGCGAGGUCGAGGUCGAAGACGAGGUCGAGGAGGAACCCGAGGCCAACGCUAAGGGGAAGCAACGAGCCGUGCCGAAGAAAAAGAAGACGACUAAAUAG